AUGCCUAGACCAACCGACCCGGGCAGCGACCAGUUGGUCUUCAAACCUCAACAUCAAAAACUCACCAUCAGUCGGAAUGCACUCCAUUGCUGUCUCCAUUGCGGUAAACACAGAACCCCAGGGACGCCACCAUUGCGCCUGUGUGGGGGUUGUCGCGCCGCAGAAUAUUGUCACGUCUUCUUGCCGUCUGAGUUGGAUAAGUUUGUGGACACUACUGUUGCGGACGUUCGUUCUCGAGUCAGCCGAGAGCACCAGAAAGCCCACUGGAAGGAGCACAAACACAUCUGCCGCCAGAAGCAAGCAAUCAACGCUAUAGCGCAACAACCCAGCGAAGGACCUGAUAUUCCGCCCAUUCCUACGAAGUUGCGUAUGCUGCAAGACUGGUGCUCUUUACAUCGUUACAUCCUCCGACGCGCUGUCAGCUUCGCCUACUUAAAGACGGACCGGAAGUUCGACGCUGAUAACCAGCACAUUUUUCUGCAAGUCAGCUACCGCCCUGAUUAUGAUGGCAACCCUGCCAAGGCGUUCGCCUUGGAUGGCGGUGUCAUUGAAGACGAUCCUGCACCGAAUACGCCCGAGGGGAGGAAUCUAGAGUCUUUCAAGGCUACUACGACAAGGAAGACUGCAGAGAUGCGUGCGGAAGAUCCUGACUUGGUGUCGUGGGUCAGGUGCAUGUUUCUUGUUGACUCCAAUACCAACGUCACGUUUGGUUGGUCGACUGCCCUCCCCGUCUACCGUUCUAUGCUCGAAUCCCUUCUGCCGACGGGUUUCCCACCACCGCCAAUCUGGUUCGGUGAAGCAAAGCAUUGCGCCGAGAAUGGCUAUGUGUAUAGGUUCGUGAAGGAUAAGAAGCUGCGUAUAGAGGAUUGGGAACCGGGCGUUAUGGAAGAAGAAACCCCUGGAGGAAACUGGGUAUGGCAGAGACGAACGAGGGACGAAUUAGGUGUUGUAACAAAGGAGAACGCCACCGCCAUCGGUGCCACCCAUAAGGAACUCCCACGGGUCAUGUUGCAAUUGGUCGUUGAUCGAUGA